AAACUACAAAGACAACGCACUCACUGUUUUGUAUUGUUCAUUGUUUUCUGAAUCUUUUUGCCUAAGCUAUAAGCAAGUAUGGCAUACUACCAGCAGUAUGAGAGCCCAAGAUACCCAAAUGACUCUGAUGGUGGGUAUGGUCAGCAGCAGUACGGUCCUCCAUACAGAAAUAUGGAGCAAAACUAUGGCUAUAAUCAGUCUGAGUACAACUACAGUGAGCAACAGAGCUACCACAGCCUUCCACAGGGGCAGAUUGUGAGGGUCUGCUCUAAGGCCAAUCCUGAUUAUGCUCUGGGUAUCAGAGAUGGCAGGGCAACGCUGGUUUACUAUAAUCCCAGUGACCCAACUCAGCAAUGGGUGAAAGAUGAGUCAUGGAGCAACCGUGUGAGGGACACAGUGGGUCAUCCAGCCUUUGGGUUUGUGAACAAGGCCACUGGGCAGGCCCUUCGUCAUGCCCCUGCUGUAUGUCAGGAGGUGUUGCUGAUCAAGUAUGAGCCUGGUUCCUAUGAUGAGAGUGUUCUGUGGAGUGAGAGUGAGGACAUGGGAUAUGGUUACAGGACCAUAAGGAUGGCAAAUGACAUUGGCCUUAACUUGGAUGCAUUCCAGGGUGAUAGGAAGCAUGGAGGCAUCGAAGAGGGCACUAGAGUUGUGCUGUGGAAGUGGAACAAACAAGACAACCAGCUCUGGAAGAUUUCCCCCUGUUAUUAGAAAGAUCAUAAUGAUAUAUACAGUAUAGAGACAUCUAUUUGCGAUAAGUAUGUUAUGCAUAUUCUUAGUCUGUAACUUCUUAAGCGUGGAAAUCAGGAGUAUAUGCUGUUUCCAUCGGUCUACCUGAUCAUAUAAAUAAAGAAGUUCUAUAGUUUAUAGUA